AUGCAGCGUCAUAUGCAGGGAGUAGAGUUCAGAGAGAGAAACGCAGGUCCACAGAUCGACCACAACAUGCGAGAUGAAGAUGACCCUGCAGACCCAAAUGAGCAACAUCCAGAACUGGUUCACAAGAAAUGCAUUUACAAAGACAGCUACGGGGCCUCUAGCCCCUGGUGUGACUACCAGCUCAGGCCUAACUUCACCAUCGCCAUGGUGGUGUCUUUUCUUUUACCAGGCACCAGAGUUGUUUACAGUGCAGAGAGCAUGGAAGGCUUUAGAGAUUAUAGAAAAGAAAUUGCUCGGUCCUCUGGGAAUGAAAACGCUUUGUCCAGAAUGUUUCUGGUAACAGCGCUCAGAGCACCACUGCUCCGUUCAGCAUCACCGCCGACAAGACCACCUUUAAAGAGGGAGAUCAAAUCACAGAAUAGUGCAGUCUCUCACACAUCAGACAAUAAAAAAAGUUCAGUUGAUGCUAAAUGGACAGCCCCUACAUCUGGACAGCUUGGCGAUAUAGAAUUCAGAGCCACAUUUGCAAAAGGUUUUUCUACUUUUUGGGUUGGUGUCAAGAGUUCUACUGUGGUAUAUAAUGGUACAGGAACUUCUUCUCUAACCCCAAAUACUCCGACUGUUUCAUCAAAUCCUGAUUGUGGGAAAACCAAAGUCUGCUUCAGUCAGCCCAACAACUGUGACCCAGCUGCCAACACAGGCUGUUACUUCAUGGCAGUCCAGACAACAUCUAACCAAUCAGAAAUGAGGAUUGAAAUGUUUGGCCAGGCCAGUGGAUAUCUCGCCAUUGGGUUUUCAGAUGACCAGGAAAUGGGCAAUGACGACAUCUACAUCUGUGGUGUGGACAGCAGCGGCAACCUCCAAGUGCAACAUGCUUUUUCUACAGGAAAAACAGCGCCAACUAUUCUCUCACUGGUGAAUGUGACUGAUAUAAAAAAAGCGUUGACGAAUGGAAAUAUCAAUUGUUCUUUUACUUCUCGUAAUGCUAUUAGCACGGGAAGUAGAGCAACAUCAGCUAGCGAGUACUACCUCAUGAUUGCUGCCGGACCCUCCACCAGUCAAGGUAACAUCCAGAUCCACACAAGUCGAUAUGUCAGUAGUACAAAGGCUAAUUUACAGGUUCCAAGCCAGGUCAUUACAGAUGAUGAAGAAUUCCCAGCGAUUGUUAAAGCCCAUGGCUGCCUUAUGUUAAUCUCCUGGAUGACCACGGGCAGUAUAGGAAUGCUAAUAGCACGCUAUUUAAAGGGAGUUGCCAAGGACCAUGGUUGCUGCGGUAAAGAUUUUUGGUUUAUGGCCCACGUGUUUCUGAUGGUGCUGUCAGUCAUUGCCACGGCCAUUGCAUUCAUCCUGGUGUUUGCUUAUGCCCAGGAUUGGAGUGGGGGGGCUCAUCCUGUCCUGGGCUGUUUGGUUAUGAUCCUCAGUCUUAUUCAGCCCAUAGUUGCUGCUUUCCGAUGUGAGCCACAACAUGAACGGAGAUUUGUUUUCAGCUGGGCCCAUUCCUUCAUUGCUUUAGCUAUCAAAGGCCUCGCAGUUGCUGCAAUUUUCACCGGUCUGGCACUGUUUGAAGAAUAUGUUGAGGAUGGAUGGAUGUUGAAAGUUAUGGGAGGUUUUGUUACCUGGGAGGCUGUGAUGUAUAUUCUUCAAGAUCUUAACUUACGCGCCAAGAAAAAAGAUUCUGAGAUUUGCAGUUUCGGAUCGACGAAACCUGAAACAGUCCUGCUUAUCCUGUUCAUUUUGGGAAACCUGCCCUUCUUAAUAGCACUUCUUGUGGGAAUCGGCAGGACUUAAAUAACCCCAACAUUCUAUGGCCUUCCUCACUGAUUUUGGGUUCACUUUGUGGCUCUUUUGUUGUAGGAGUAUGUAUAUACAGUAGGUAUCUGUCCAAUUUACUCAGUGUUAGUGUUCAUUUGGGAAUUCAGAUAAGCUCUUCAUAAUCUCUACAUUAUUAUAUUUUUUUUCUUUUUAGUUAAUAUGACAUUCCUUAUUAUUAAAGAUUCACUGCUGUGCCUUUGAGUAAGGAACAUUUGCAGAUUACUGUACUGUAAGAUUGUGUUAGAAGAACAGUAGUGAAAUUAUCUUGGGAUUUAAUCAAAGAGGCCAUUUAUUUUCUUUCAUUUUAAUACUUGACAAAUGUUGAUUAAAACAUUUAUGGAAUAUAUUUAACACUUUUAUAAAUAUUUUUAUAUAAUUUUAGAUGUAUAUUAACACAUUAUAUUAUGGUUGUAACUUAAGUGUACAAGGCAACCGCACUCAACCACCAGAUGGCAGUGUCAUUAAAGGUAUUUGUAUGCAACAAAAGUCAUAUUUUUAUUGGACAUUUUCAGACUCUUCAAGGGAUGAGA